GCUGAAGUCAGGACACCUCUAAACCACUCGGAAAUCCCCAGGGCUGGAGCAUCUAUUUACCUCUCAGAGUCUGAGGAGACGUCAAGCGCCCUGGGAGGGGACAGGGUGGAGUUGCUGGCCGAGAGCAUUUCUGCCCCCGAGGAGGACGGAGCCCUGGGGCUCAUCCAGAGGGAGGAAAGGAAGGGCUCCGUGCAGGGCAACGCAGCAGAGAUGACAGCCAGGAGGGGGGAGCUGUAAAGGAGCCACGGCUGCUUCACAUGGGGACACGUUCAUAGAGGAUCUUUUCACCAGACCCCUCUCUGCUACGGAGCUCUACAUGGGAAGGAGCUGGCCAUGGGUAAGCCAUACCUCGCAGGGAGCAAUUUAUGGACGAUCAACAGCUCACUGGGAAACAGCAGUCUCAUCCUGGAGAACCAGACAUCCGGGAGGAACAGCACCACUGACCCCUUGAAGAGGAACGAGGACAUGGCCAAAGUGGAGGUGACGGUCCUCUGCCUCAUCCUGUUCCUGGCCCUGACCGGCAAUCUGUGCGUGCUGCUGGCCAUCCACACCACCCGGCAGAAACACUCCCGCAUGUACUUCUUCAUGAAGCACUUGAGCAUUGCUGACCUGGUGGUAGCCAUCUUCCAGGUGCUGCCCCAGCUUAUCUGGGACAUCACCUUCAGGUUUUAUGGGCCAGAUUUCCUCUGCCGAUUGAUCAAGUACUUGCAGGUAGUGGGAAUGUUUGCUUCUACCUACAUGCUCUUGCUGAUGACCCUGGACCGAUGUUUGGCCAUCUGUCAGCCACUGAGGUCUCUGCACAGGAGAGCUGAUCGGGUCUCUGUCCUCCUCACCUGGCUGCUGUGCCUGCUGGUCAGCAUCCCUCAGAUCCACAUAUUUUCCCUGAGGGAUGUGGGUAAUGGGGUCUAUGACUGCUGGGCAGAUUUUAUCCAGCCCUGGGGACCCAAAGCUUACGUCACCUGGAUAACCCUCAUGGUGUACAUCAUCCCUGUGUUGAUGCUGAGCAUUUGCUACGGCUUGAUCAGUUUCAAAAUCUGGCAAAAUGUGAAGCUCAAGACAGCUCAUGGGCCGAACACGAGCCUGAGCUCCACCUCCCGCAGUGGGACAGCGUUUGCCAGGGUCAGCAGCACCAGGCUCAUCUCCAAAGCCAAGAUCCGGACAGUCAAAAUGACUUUCAUCAUAGUGUUAGCUUUCAUAGUGUGCUGGACUCCCUUUUUCUUUGUGCAAAUGUGGUCCGUGUGGGACACGAAUGCGCCGCAGGAAGCGUCGCCCUUCAUCAUCGCCAUGCUGCUGGCCAGCCUCAACAGCUGCUGCAACCCCUGGAUCUACAUGCUCUACACGGGCCACCUCUUCCACGACCUGGCGCGCCGCUGCCUCUGCUGCUCGGCCCGCUACCUGAAGGCUCGGCCCGCCUGCGAGCUGCCCGGCAGCCGCCGCAGCGACUCCUCCUCGGCGGGCGCCCGGCCCGCCGCCCCCUGA